GCAGAUUGUUCGCUUUUGGGCCAGAGCCUGCGCAUGGCCUUAUGGCGCGUGCAGGUGUGCUGGCGCUGCUAACGCUGGCCCGCGCAGGGGAGUUGGAUUGCGGGCAUGGGCACGAGGACCCUGAGCUGAAGAACUGCCUUUGCGAUGAGGGCUGGAAGAGCGCAGGCAUUACGGACACUCUGCACUUUAUGCAAGGCACUUGCUCGCAGUACGGGUGUGUCAGUGAUAUGGAGUGUGAGAGGCGCCUGGACAUCAGUGGAGCCAGCUGUAUGGUGCCAGGCUGGAACUGCUACUGCGGCUGGCAGUACGCGUUUCAUAAGUCCCUCACGGGCUACGAGACAAACACCACCGAGAGCGCCAAGUGCAUGGGAGUGGUGUACACCUUCUCCAUGUGGACCUCGCGGACGGUCGAGUUACUGCUCGCGAAUCUCUGGCGAUUCUUCCUCCCGCUGGUGCUGCUCCUGGCUCCCUUUGGCCGCAAGCGCGCCAUUUGUGACCACCACAGGCCGGGGCUGUGGCACGCCUUCCGAAGAGCCUGCGGAGUGCAAAGCGUUUGCCGCGGCGACUGCGUUCUGUCAUCGCGCUAUGGCAGCGAUGCCUUGAUGGACGACCUUGCUUGGAGCAUCUUUGCGCUAGAGCUUAUGUGCUGGGCCUACAUCUUCACUGUGGUAGUUUACAUCAUCGUGCUGUUCAUUUGGUCUGUCAUUCUGUGGGUCUCCGUGGCUGUGGUCUUCCUGGCCACCGCCCUCUUCGCCGCCUGCGCCUGCUGCGGCGAGGGCCUGGCCAGUUGCGCCCAAGGCGGCUGCUGUGAGUGCGGAGGCUGCGGCGACUGCGACUGCAUGUUCGCAACCACCGGCCACGGCCCGGUGGAGGCGGACAUGUUCUACUUCUGGGGGCCCUUUCCCAACGACCCUUUCUGCUUCACCCCCAGUGGAUAUGGCCCAGCGGUUGCGGACCGGGGCUCUGAGGAUAGCUGUUCCUGCCGGGCGAUUUGCUUUCCGGUCGCCUGGAUGUUCUACGUGUUCCCAGUCCUACCCGAGAACGUGUGGGGCGGGGCAGUGGGGUACUUCUGCCUGGGCACGCACCACCACACCCCGGUGGACCGGAUGUACGCGGGGGGCAACCGCCUGGUGGAGUUCCUGGGCAUGGCCUGGCGCCGCCCGGAAGACCUGCACGGCGACGAGGACUGGAGGAGCCGAGUCUAUGACUUCCUGGCAGGGGAGGCUUCUCCGGCGCCGUCACAGGUGGUCCUGCCGGUGCACGUGAGGGAGGAUGACGCUCACGCUCGUUUGCUGGAUGAGUACUUGGAGGAUGGCAAGCAGGUCUUGCAAGUCGGCCUGGCACGAGCGGUGAUCCUGCAGCGGCCCCUGGAGAGGGGAAGAGACCGGUGUGUGCCAUCUUCCUUUGAUGAUUACUUGCAGAACAUUUGCUGGAUUUGCCGGGAGGAUGCUGAAGAGUGGGACAUGUGGCUGUCGUGCCACCACAUCUUCUGCAGCCGCUGCUCCAGUCAGAUGCUGGUGCGGCGCAUGCCCUGCCCCUUGUGCCGGGUGGCCUCUGGCACGGUGCUGCGAGGAACCCAGGCGCUUCCGAGGCAAUUUCGGCAGGAUCUUGCAGAUCGAGGCCACACAGCCCGACAGGACGCUGUCAGCCCCGUGCCGCCGUUGCCAAAGGCGAAGGCUGGGGAGAUCGAGCUCCGAUCGGAUCCAUCGCCAAUGGCUGACAGGCUGCAACUGCAUCGCACGCGAACAGCGCCUGCCGCGGCAGUGCCAUCGCCGUCCUCGUCGGUGUCAUCUCCGCCGUCGCCCGCAAAGUCCCCGGCGAAGGCAAAGGCGGUGGCCAAGUCCCCGACCACGUUGCAGCCCCCCCCGGCGGCCAUGCCGAUCAUCGUGCCGCGGUCUGCGCGCACACCCCCUUCGUCGCCGGCGUCACCGAGCACACCUGCGCCAAUGGCGCCAGCGCUGGUGCGGGCGGAGCCUCGUGCCCCACCCACCACGGCGGAGACGUCGACGCUCGUGGCGUCCCCGCUAUCGGAAUCGCCACCAGCAACGCUAUCGCCACCGGCAACUCCAAUACCAAUAGAACUGCCUGCAGAAACCUCGACAUCACCAACUGCCCGAUCGCCAUGCUCGCCGCCAGAAGUCGCAGUGCUGCCCCUUGUAGCCAAAGCUGCGGAUGCUUCCUGUGGAGGUGAAGCAGAGGCGGCAGCCGCCCGCGCCCUUGGCGCCAUUUGCCCGCCGGGGCUGCGAAGGCUGCGAGGCUUCAGCACCAGCACCGCGGGCAGCGCUCUGCCGAAGUCGGCGAAGUCGGCGAAGUCGGCGUCGGCGUGCCGGGUGCAGGCAGUGGACGUUGUGCAGCCACAGGUUGAGGCGUUCCAGAUCGCGCCGCUGCCCUUUGUGGCCGUUGCGCUGUCCAGGACUCCUUUGCGCAUUGAUGGCGAGGUGGGGAUUCUCUGCAGCAGCGCUGGCAUGUUGUACCAGCAGUUGCCAAAGCGCGGAGAAGCCUCACCGGCGAUGAAGGUCCAGCCGGAGAAUUUGCCUCCGGUGAAGCCGUGCGGAUUGCCCCUGGGCGGCUUCCAGCGUCUACCCGGAUUCGCCACCAGCACCGGCGGCAUGCUCAAGCUCAAGACCCCAUCUCCACCUCCACCGGAGAGGCCACCCGCGCGGGUCCGGCGGGCGCUGCCAGGCAGCUGGCGCCUGAAGGGCGGCUUUCGCGUCAGUUGCGGGGGAGCGCCCCUGGCGCGCUGACUUCAGGCGGCCGAAAUUCCGAAGGCGGAAUCUCAGAGGUGUGGCUCUUGAAGUGGACCGGUCUGGGUGGAGUAGUGACCAUGAAUUUCAUCCUGAAUUCCCUGCUUGGGCGGCAAGUUCUGG